GCAGGUUUGCAUCAGCUCUAAAACUCGAGGUGAUUUGUCCGAGUCUUUUCCUUGAGGCGAAGUGAACUCCUUCCUACAUUUUCCUUUCUUUUUAAGGUGCACUGUGAUGUGCACAGGGAGCAGUUGGCACCACUCUACCUCCCUCCUGUCGUGUCGUGAAGUAAAGAAAGAUAAUGCGAGUCACCUUGGCAGUGAGUCUUGUGGGAAUCCAGUCUGUUAACCUCCAGGUUAUCAGUCAGCCUGCGGGGAGGGCAGGGGAUCUUAGCUUAGAACCACAUCUGGUGCAAGAAAGUGAAUGUUCAAGGAUUCCUGUCCUUAACCCAUUUAACAUUGGCACGUAACUGUGAACUAGUGGGAACAAAGCUUUCAGGGACUGACCCCACGGGGGUGGGUCAGAGGUCUCAGGAAGAGCCGCAGCUCCCCUGGGCCUAAAGAUGUGGAAUUCCUGGGCAGUAAGGUGACUUAAGUCACAAAGUGUUUUUCUAAAGAAACAGAUUGGUCUGCCGCUGGUCCCCUCUUUAGUGACUUAAGGUUAAAGGUAGAGAUUUCAAAGCACGUGUUCUUCCUACUUGAGACAGAUUUAACAGAACUCCAAGCAGUCGUCGACUUAGGAUAUUUCAGCUUCAGGGUGGUGCAAAGGCGAUACGCACCCAGGAGACACCGUACUUUGGAUUCUGAGUAUUGGUCUUCCCCAGCUGGUGGUGUGUGUAGCUGACCUCUUGUUGUUGUGGACAGUGCAGCUCCCAGGCAGCCACAUGGUCUGGAGCACAGACAACCGUGGUCUGCAAUGUGGUAGUAAAUGCACACUCAAGGAGCCGCUGUCAUCCUUUGAGAGGUGAUGCCCUCAGGUUGUCUAGGGGAGAGAGUGGACUCCGGGAGCUGGCCAGUGUCCUUGUUCAGGCUGUGACACACAUCUCCUGCCAUGAGUUAAUCAGGAAAGCAGAGAGGGACACAUGUUAGGAAGGAGGGAGGAAGUGGUACUAAAGAAGCCACGAGUGAAGUGUUUGCACUUUUGCCUGACAUGGACCUACGCAUAGGGAGUUAGUGUGCCAGAAAGAGGAGGAAAUCCGAGCAAAGGAGCGUAACUGCUGUCGGGCUGGGAGGCAUUCGGUGCUGAGGCUGCUCCAAGCUCUGGGGGGUCUAGUGGGAGUUUGGAUGUGAUCUUAGCAGGGCCUCCUGGGGGAGGGGGCUGUGACCCACCUGAAAUAAGAGUGCAGAUUCUGUGGCUCAGAUUAAAUGACAGCGUGGUCUUUGGUCUGCGGCCAGUUCCACUAAAACUUUAUUGGCGUUUAUUGAACGUUGUGAGUAAGAUUCUAUAAUGCACCUAAAAAUGUGGAAAAACAAAACUUGUUGCUGGAAGAUAAGCUUAAACUUAAAAAUGUGACCCAAGUCAACAAAUUAAUGUCACUUUAAGCCAAAGGAAAUGUUUGAAAUGAAAGGACUGCCAAGAAGUAGAGUUUUAAGAUUUAGGCUGAAAGAUACAAGUACUUUAUGUUUCGUGACUUCUUUCCUUGCCCGUGAUGUGUAACUGGGUCCGCCACAUAAACCACGGUGAGAACUCUGCGUGUUUGGACCUGGACCACAAGUAGCAUGUCAGCUGUGUCCUUCUUUGGCGCCCCUUUCCCUUUCAGGAAAAAGAAAAUAUGUGUGUAUGAGUGAUACUUGACCACUUAUGUGACCUCUGGGAAAAAACCGCAGCAUAGUUUGUGGUUUGUCUUCAAGAAGACAAACCAAAGGAAGUAAAAGGAGGAAGAGGAUCAUUGCUUUUAUUUAGUUUCGUUAGCACAGUACUUCUUAAAAUUAACUGUGCCCUUUAAAAUAGGUUAAUGACUAUAGUUUCAUAAUUCCAGAGGUUUGUGGAGAAAAGACCCGAAAUGUAUGAUUUUUGUAAAGUUCAGUUAUAUUUAGGGUAAGAAACUGUUAGUCACGUUGGCUCGACGGGGUGGUACUUCGUAGAAACGAGGUGGUUCCCUGGGCCCUGGGAAUGGCUGCAAUCCUUUCAUCAACUGUGCAGAAGACGGGGUACUGACUGGGCCCGGCUAGAUGGCUAGGGGAAGGGAAGGGAAGAAAGGGAGAAGCAGAAUGUCAGUCUUUUUCAGAAAGAAAUGAAGGAUGGAAAGCUCUCUGCCCUCAUCCUGACAGGAACAGCGUUCUGAAGAGAAAUUCUAAACAGUCUGCGUCUCCGUCAGGGCUGGCCAGGUAUGGAAGAAAGCGGUGUUGCCAUGUUGGUGCCAGAUAUCGGGGAACAGGAAGCAGUAUUGACUGCUGAAACCGUCAUCAGUUCCCUGGAAAUUGAUGAGCCGAGAAAAGCUAAAACAGACCCAUUAAUCCAUGUUAUCCAGAAGUUAAGCAAGAUCGUGGAACAUGAAAAGUCACAAAAAUGUCUUUUAAUUGGGAAAAAACGCUCACGUUCCAGUGGUGCAACGCGCUCUCCUGAAGCCCAAGAGCCCUGUGAGGUUCCAGCUAAGGUGGCCCAGCCGCCUGCUACCACCGACGCAGGGGCCGAGGACCCGCAGGCACCCAGCACCCCAGGUGCCCCCGCCCAGAACGAUGGGAAGCCCAUGUCCUACCAGUGCAGCCUCUGCCAGUUUCUGUCGCCGUCGUUCCCUGUGCUGAAGGACCACGUCCGGCAGCACGGCCAGCAGAACGAGGUGCUGCUCAUGUGCUCUGAGUGCCACGUCACGUCCAAGAGCCAAGAGGAGCUGGAGGCUCACGUGGCAACGGGCCAUGAGGACGAGGCCAGCAGUCGUCCUCAGCCUGGACUCCCCCAGAGCAUGAGCCCCUCCAGCUCCGUGGGCCCCAGAGCCACAGAGACAAGCCGUGAAACGCCUCCUGACGUCCCUGUCGGGGUGAACAGCCCACCAGCCCCCGGCCCCCGCACAUCCGUGGCAGACGUUGGGCGGGGCAAGUGGUACGCCUACGAGCAGUACGGCCUAUACCGCUGCCUGUUCUGCAGCUACACGUGCGGCCAGCAGAGAAUGCUGAAGACGCACGCAUGGAAGCAUGCCGGGCAAGUGGACUGCUCCUACCCGAUAUUUGAGAAUGAAAACGAGCCCCUGGGCCUCCUGGAGUCCUCGGCGGCUGCACCUGGCGGGCUAGACGCUGUGGUCAUCGCCAUCGGAGACAGCGAGCUGAGCAUCCACAAUGGCCCCGCCGUGCAGGUGCAGAUCUGCAGUUCAGAUCCCCUGUCCCCUGCAUGUCCCCUAGCGCAGGGCGCCGACGCGGCUGUGGGUGUCGGGGGGGCGGCGGCCCUGGAGCCCCAUGAGGAGGAAGUGCUCGAGGUGAUUUCCGAGGCGGAGGACAGCCUGGCGGCCGACAGCCUGCUCUCAUCAGCACAGAAGAUUGUCAGCAGUGGCCCUAAUCAGCAGGGCCACGUGAACGUGAUCGUGGAGCGCCUGCCAAGCGCUGAGGAACCGCUCUCUGGGCGGAGUUUCCUCGUGGGCGCUGACAUGGACGAGGGGAGCAGCCUGACGCCCACAGAGGCCCAAGGCGGUGACGCAGGAAGAGGUGAUGGUCCUCAUGCUGGGAAGUGCACUGUGGACAUCGGGGGGCUGAUCCUUGGCUGGAGCAGCGCGGAGGGUACAGACGGUGAAUUCCUGCGGAAGGGGCUAGACCCCGAUGAGAACGCGCCCCCGGGCCGCAGGAGGACCAAUUCCGAGUCUCUCCGACUGCACUCGCUAGCUGCCGAGGCCCUGGUCACCAUGCCCAUAAGAGCUGCCGAGCGGGCGAGAGCCAGCCUCCUGGAUCCAGACACCGGGCAGAGGCAGGUGGAGAGCACAUUGGCGGUGUAUUCUAAAAUGAUGUCGCCGCUCAGAAACGCUCCCGGUGGAUUAACUGGUUUUAGCCAGAGCAGCUCUGCGCUGGUGGCACUCCCAGGGGGCAGGCAGGAGCUGUCUGGCGGGCAAGUGAAGACGGGCAUCAGCACAUCCUUGCUCACCGUGAUCGAGAAGCUGCGGGAACGGACGGACCAGAAUGCCUCGGAUGACGACAUCUUGAAGGAGCUGCAGGACAACGCGCAGUGCCAGCCCAGCAGCGACCCCAGCCUGCCGGGAGGCAGUGUCGUGGAGUACGUCCCCAGCGCAGAGCGGCCCUACCGCUGCCGCCUGUGCCACUACGCCAGCGGGAACAGGGGUUACAUGAAGCAGCAUCUGCGGGUGCACCGACAGAGGCAGCCCUACCAGUGUCCCAUCUGCGAGCACGUCGCCGACAGCAGCAAGGCCCUGGAGAGUCACAUGAUCGGCCACUGCAAGGCCAGGCUGCACCAGUGCCGGCGCUGCGAGGGCACGUUCCAUUACAAAAGUCAGCUGAGGAACCAUGAGAGAGAGCAACACAGCGUUCCAGACACGGCCAUGUCGACAGGGACCCCCAGUGAGCCAAGAGUGUCCAGCGAGCCAGCUGGGGGGACACGUGCUCAGGAAGAGAAUAAGUCUUCAGUCCAGAAACAGUACAGAUGUGACGUGUGUGAUUAUACAAGUACAACGUACGUUGGCGUCAGAAACCACAGACGGAUCCACAACUCGGAUAAGCCGUACAGGUGCUCGUUGUGUGGCUAUGUCUGCAGCCACCCCCCUUCCCUGAAGUCCCACAUGUGGAAGCAUGCGAGUGACCAGAACUACAACUACGAGCAAGUGAACAAGGCCAUUAACGAUGCCAUUUCACAGAGUGGCAGAGUUCUAGGGAAAUCCCCGGGAAAGCCUCCACUAAACAGCAGUGAGGAAAUUCCUGGUCCCCUCCCUGGAACUCCAGAAAACUUGCCGUCGCCCCCGGAGCUGGUCUCCCAGGCCCCCAGCGACAGUGAGAAACUGAGCCCCUCGAGCGAUCCCACCGCCGACAGUUCAGAAAAACCCACGAGCACGGCCCCUCCUGGGAUGGAGUAUUGCGUUCUACUCUUCUGUUGUUGUAUUUGUGGUUUCGAAUCGACCAGCAAAGAAAACCUGUUGGAUCACAUGAAAGAGCACGAGGGUGAGAUUGUCAACAUCAUCCUCAGUAAGGAGCAUAGCACGACCCUGGACACGAAUUAGACACGCAGUCCUUGGAGGGGCGCCCUUUAGAGGCGUUUCACCGUGGCCGUCCAGUGACCCGCUAGACAGAAGAGAAAUAGUUGGUGUGGUUUUUAAGGAAAUGACACAUGGCUUUGGAACCAAAUCUGUAAUGUACUAAAAGGGAUUCCAAUGGGUACGUGGUAGUAACAUUAUAUUUAAACAUUCUGAGUGAGGGAAAUGGGUUGAGGAGGGAGGAGAGAUGUAACCCCGUAUGAACCCUCUGCCACCUCUGCUCAGGGUUGAGCGCAUUUGUUACCAAAAGCUUAUUGGAGUGGAGCGGCACAGGCAGAAAGUUGAGGAAGGGUUUGCAGGAACUAUUCUAAAACUUAUCAAAGGGUCACAGUCUUCAGCAGAGCUCGGUUUUCUUCCUUCUCCAUUCUGACGUGCCAGCUCUGGAAUGACAGGCCUCCUGGGGGAAGUGGGAGGCAGUGGGAGGAAAAGAGGGUUUGGAGAUAAUCUGCCUAAAUCCUUCCCCGAACGGAUGGGAAGUAGUCAUAUACUCAAUCUAAGAGAUACUGCUUUAGUCCUUAAGAAAAGACGUCUGCAUCUAAAUUUAGAAUGUACAUAGGCGUUUAAGCAGUAAAUUUUUUGUCCUCACUUUACAGAGCAUUUCCUGUGGGCACAGGAAGAAAUAGGUGAAUCCCCACCAGACUCAAACCAAAUCUCAAGGUUGAGGAAAACGGAACUGAGCACAGUGCAGGUACUUCCCGAAGGUUCUGGUCAGUGCUUGACGGAUCCCCACAGUUGUCUAGAAGGUUACACAAGGCUCCCAACCAUCUGUCCUGAACUAGAGCAGGCUUUUAUCUGAAAGAGUCUAGGAAAGCAACAAAGUACGAAAAUUUGCAUUUGAUCAGCAGAACUUGGAAAUUGAGGUGUUUUAAAUCGAAAAUAAAAAUCAGUGGGGGAAGAGGAGCGAGGUCCAGAAGCCCCUGAAGGCGAGCGCUGCUACUGAGAUUUUACUUCCUGGGUUUAGUAAGUCGUUCCACUUAGCAUAAGAGGAAAACCAAAUGUGGCUAAAAUCGAAUGAGAAUUCAGGUUGUUAUAAACUUUUAGGAACAAACAGCAUUUGGCAAGUCUCCGGAGUUUCUCCCAUCUAGGAAAUGAGCUCCAUUUUCUUGGCAUGCAGGAAGGCCUGACAUUAAAAUGCCAGGAAGUAGGUGUGAUCUCAUUAAUUACACAUUUUGUAUUUUAAUGUAUUUCUGAGUGAAGAGAACAGGGUUUUUUGUUUGGGUUUUGUAGCUUGAUCAUUAUUUAUGCAUUGUUUGUUGAAUGCGUUGUGCCCACAGUCAGGUGGGUGCCACGGUGCCUGCCCUCACGGUGCUGCUGUUUCUGAACUGGCGGCAGGAAGCUGCCUGCUGGAGCCUAGGCCGGGACUCUGGCAAACAGGAAACACUGAGAGCAGGGUUUUUAAUGGGGUUCUGUGUGGACUCAGUCAGGGGAGCGUUCUCUCCCCAAAGUCCAGGUGUGAAUUGAAUGAAUUAACAUUUUAAGGUAGCAUUUGGAGUGAUCUGAGCGGCGCCAGGCAUCUUGAAGCACUGUCUGAUCUGUUUUUCUAAUCUCAUUUUCAUGAUGAUAUUUAAACACAAUUGAUUGUAACUUUGCAGCUCUUUAAUUUAGGUUGCUUUAAUUUAUUUAUGAGAGUUCAUCCAUUUUCUGGUUUUUAAAAAGAUAGAAUGAAUUUAUAUGUAGUAAAUUAUAUUCCCCAAAUCCGCUGCAUGUGGAUAUACAUUCAUUUUCUCCUGUUUUAAGAAUUAAAACAAUUAUAUUUCAUUUCAAAUUUAAAUAAAAUGUUUUAAACGGUUCCAUUAUUAUCACUUACAUUGUUGCCCCUCAGUCAGUCCUUUCAUUGCUGGUAGCUGUGACUCUGUUUCUUUGUAAAAAUACUACUCUGAAAAUUAACAACCUUAGAAAAAUUUUUUUAUAAAUUUCCUUGUCUUUAAUUUUAUAUAAUCAUUUGGAAAGUACUAAUAACCAAAAAAAUCCCCAAAAUUCCAAUGGUGAAGUUUUUACAUUACCUUUCUUCAUUUUCUUAAACCACUUCCUCUGAUUGUGACUUAAACACUCCGUUUGGAAUCACGAAUUUAAAUUUCCCCUGGCUCAUGGGGAGAAAAGUAACCCAGAAGUUCAGUCUUUAAACAUUCGUGUGAUUCUGGCCUGGAAUGUCCUUACCAGCUUCCUCCCAGCCUGUAGGAGGGCCCACACGGCUGGGACAGUCUGCUCCCUCCCAGACCGCGUUGUGGCAAGCGUG